ACUGAUUCCACGUCUUCCCUCGCGUUUGUUCCCUCCGCUUCCCAUCGUCCUUCGCAUCGUAAAGACGUUUUUGCGUCCCGCGGCACGCCGGUAGUCUCGCGCGCGGUUAUCCGGGAUGUGAGAUCGCGACUUUGUUGCAUUAUCGCAACUCCGAACAGUUGAUUCUCGAAUGUCAACACUAUGACGCGUUGACAAAGUCCACUUUGUGAUGCGUUUUCGAACACUUACAAACUAUUAGGAGUUUUGUGUAUUAAAGUUUUGAAUUCCACACCGCGGGAUUCGGUUGACGCAAAGUUUUGAAUAGUUUACAAACUCACUAGUGACACUAAUAGCAUUUCAAAGCAUAACAAAGUUCAUUUAUCACGUCACGUCUCUAGGUACUAAGUUGCAUUUGCUUAGUAAUUAUCUACUUGAAAAUGACUUGAAAUUAUCAAUAAUACGUCUAAUGAUAGACAAGUAGUAGUACGUAGGUACUUAGUUUAAUUAGAUGUGACGAUGAUGGAAUAAAUUAAUUUUGCGGUAAUGUUUGAUGAUUAUCGACUUCUUUGAUUAGGAAAUGCCCGGGACAGAAAGCCUUCAUGUGAAAUGCGAGCUACCGUCUGACGAAGAGGAAACUAAUUCACAAAUAGCUACUUCCUUUGGGCGAGAGCUCUCUGACUACGUCUCUAUUAAAUUAGAACCGAGUUUACAUACAGAUGACAAUGCAUCCUCAACCCUUCUACAUCAUUUACGGUGUGUGCAAGGGUCGCUGGAGGAGAUGGCGCCGGCGCCGCCCGCCCCCGCCGCGACCCCUGUCUGCGAGCAGCUGCCAUCCACACACGACGCGUCCUUCGCGACGCUUGAGCCGGCCUCUUACGCAACCGAUGUGGGUUCCUCACUGAUUGACAGACACAUCCAACUGAUGUGUGCCAAUGAGGUGGCCGAUUCUUCCGACUUCGUGCCUCUGAUGGCCGUCAAAGAUGAACCCACGUCUGAAGGAGAGCAACAACACAUGAGCGGCGAGGACACGAACGACUCUAGCGGCCCGCUGCAGGAGCUGGCAAGCCGCGGCAGUCCCAAGAGUUGGACGCAGCAGGACAUGGACAAAGCGUUGGAGGCUUUGAGGAAACAUCACAUGAGUUUAACGAAAGCGUCAGCUACAUACGGCAUACCGUCUACAACCCUCUGGCAAAGGGCGCAUCGGUUAGGUAUCGACACUCCGAAAAAGGAAGGUGCUUCAAAAUCCUGGAGUGAAGCAGACCUUCGUGGGGCGUUACAUGCGCUGAGAGCUGGUGCUAUAUCUGCUAACAAGGCCAGUAAGGCUUAUGGUAUCCCCAGCAGCACACUGUACAAGAUCGCUCGUCGCGAGGGCAUCCGACUGGCGGCUCCCUUCAACGCGGCGCCCACGGCGUGGCGGCGCGCGGACCUGGAGCGCGCGCUGCAGGCCAUACGAUGCGGCGCCGCCUCCGUGCAGAGAGCGGCCACGCAGUUCGGCAUACCCACUGGAACGUUGUAUGGACGGUGUAAGCGUGAAGGCAUCGAGUUAUCACGCUCCAACCCCACGCCGUGGUCAGAAGACGCUAUGGGCGAGGCUUUAGAGGCUGUCAGAGUCGGCCAAAUGUCCAUAAACCAAGCAGCGAUCCACUUCAACUUACCAUACUCGUCGCUGUACGGCCGCUUCAAGCGUUGCAAAUACCAACCAGUGCAGAAUCCACCUGUGCAACAAGACAUGCCACCACACGACGUGGAGAUGCAACAGGAGCCAUACUUCCAUCAGUCGCAGGAGAUGCCCGGCGCUUACCUUAGCGACAUGGACACGUCGCAUAUGCAAUACGCAAUGUAUUAUGCACAGUGCGAUGUGUCCAGCUGAGAGUACAACCACGAGCUACCCGAAUGACGGCUCAUCAUCAUCAGUCUAUUUUUAAGUGUUUUAACUAUCGUGAGUGUUAUCCAUAAUAUUGAAAGAACAAAACGGCCAAACGUUCAACUUUCGACUUUCGUCGUUCGACAUUUAGCAUCAGUCAAUUUGAUGUUAUAAAGAGUUAAAACCUAAAUUAGAACUUCCAGCCUACGUAGAGUCAUUAACCAUAGCAAUCAUAAUUUGCGCCCUAUCUACGUAUUGUCAUUAGAUCAUGGUACAUAAAACUGAUUAUUUUGUUGAAAUAUAGGUAUUUCUUGUAAAUAUUGUGAUAUAGAAUUGUUAUCGAUAAAAUAAUGACUAAAUCGGUUAGUGAUUUUUUUAUUCAUCGUUUUGAGAUUAUUCUUGUAGUAUUUAAUAAUGGAGUUUCUCAAUAACGUAGUACCGCUAGAUAAAGUAUACCUAACGCCAUAAAUGUAGAAUACUGUAGUUUUAGAAACUAAAAACAAGCUAUUACUGCCGUAGAAUACCUAGUUAAUGGAACAGAGUAAUUUUCUUUAUCAAAGUUACGGUAAGUAAUACAUUGUGUAUUACUUAAUUUUAUAAAAGAAGUUCCCAGCAAAAACAGAGUCGUUUAAGAUUGACUUGCCCGCCAUCUGUUGUAAAUUUGCUGUACUAAUUAAUAACUUUCUCAUUUAAACACAGAAAUUCAAAGUACAAAACUGAUGGUUUAGCAAUAUUUCAUAUUGUAUUAUAAUAAUAGUAAUCAAGUAAUUGUUACUGUAAAUAUUAUUGUUUUAUACAUAUAACAACCGAUUUUUAUUACUAGACCGAUUAUAAUUAAUGUUAUGUGCGUCAAGCUUUAUUUACUUUUUACCAGGUUUCGGUUAUAAAGUGCUUAUAUUUAUUUCAAAAUUCAAGUGUGAUUUUAUGUUGAACUUACGAGAUUAAAUAAUAAUAAUAAGUCUAGUAUAUCGUAAUAAGAUAUGUCCAGUUUUUCAAAAGGAAUUUGUACGAAAUUCUAACAUUCUUGUCUGACUUCCAACAAUACUUUAAACUCACUUCCAAUUGGGAGAAAAAAAUAAUUUUAUCAUCUCCUCCCCCAACAAUAUUGUAUAGAAUAUGGACAAUAUGUAUGAAAGAAGAGAUUACUUGAUCGUCAUUGGUUCGCAUUAGAAGAGCUGGAGCUUGGACUCGCCGGGAUUAGGGUUGUUUAAUUAACGUACGUUAUCAGAUGAUAAUUGUAGUGAUCGAGUCGGCUUAACGUGCUCUCUGAGGCACGAAUGAGGGCUGAGAAUUUUUACUCAAUAAAAUUUUUGACAGAGUUUUUCUUUCUUUUAAGAUUUACUCGGCGUUUCUUUCUGACCCUACGUAUUUUGACAAUAUUAGUUAUUACUAUUGUGUGAACACUCACAAUAAUAAUAUACUCGCUCAGCAUAAAGUACCUAUGCCACGAAUUAUUAUUUUAGUCUUAGUAUUGAAAUGAAGCCUUACCUCCGAAAAAUUAAUUGCUAUCGACUAUUGAAAAUAGGUUAUUUAACUACAAUAUCUUCAAAUGAAUUUUUUAUUGUUUUGCAAUUAGUGUAAUUCGUGGUAGGUACUUAACACCUACCUAUAGGUACGAGUGGUACGAUUAGCUUUGUAAUAAAAAUAAUAUUUUACCUGAGAUAGCAAUGUUGUGGCAAUGAGAACGUUCUGGUAAACGAUAUACGUAACAUGUAAUGUGAUACUCUGGCUCGUGUCGAGGUGUCGAGUUUCACCCAGUAAGCACUUAGUUAUUUGGUAGUACCCAUGUAAUACCUACUUAGAAUAUUGUAUGAAAAUAGAUCUAAGUUGCCUACAGUACAAUAAUAAUUAUUAAUGAAGCCAGUAAGAUGUUAUUUCCUGUAGUCUUUUGUGUCCGUUGGUUUCAAACUUUGUCUGUCAUUGCGAUAACUGAUAAGCUAUAGGUAUGACUUUGCACCUUAGGAUAUUUCUUUUAUUUUUUUUAUUUAUUGAGAAGUUAGUUAUAGCUUGGCAAAUUCGUUAAUGACACUCCCAUGAUAUGCGGGCGACGAGGGGAAAGGACUGCGCGGGUGUGAAGUCGUGCGCGCGGGACAUCGCUACCGGCCCGGCCCGCGCGGAUCGUCGUGAGUGUUACGAACAAAUUUAACAAGCUAUAGACUUCGAUCUCAAUGUAAUCUGAUGUAAGCGGGCUUAAUUGGAAGAGGUACAAGUGUCAAGUUUUACCAAUAUAUCUCUGAAGGUUUCAACGCAGCAUCGUACCGGAACGCUUAGUCACUUGGUGACUAGCCACGAUGAAUGCCUACCGACAAAGCAGAUCUGAGCCAGUAUAGAAAAUCCUAAACUGACCUGAGCUGGAAAUCGAACUUGGUGCUCUCUGUUGAGAAACACAGCACUACAGCAGAAGCAGUUGCUACUGCUGUUCUAGUCGUUACGGCUGUUGACCUCUCUGGUGCUGUUACAAUCACCGGUCAACGGCCGUGAACGCGGUUAGGAUCACAAUUUCACUUUGUUACGAUUAUUAUCGAAAAACCAGGGGAGCGAUGGUUUCUCGUCGAAUGGAACCAAACUAGCUUAGUUUCCGUUUUAAAUCUCAUGACCAAUAUCGUCCAUAAGCAAAGUCAGCGGCAAACACUACAGUUCAGCGGGCGGUCAUCGAUCUUACUUGAUGCAUUUACUUGAUCUUGAAGGUUAUAAUAUCUUACUGGUGACAUGACUGACUGAUCCUCAAUAUUGACAAUAGUUGCGCAGUCUGCGCUAGCGUAUUACAAGAUUUUGUUUCCUAAAUAGUUUUUGAUGAACGUCCAUAGGUUUGUAGACUGUUUUACAAGUUAUUUUAACGGUGCCGGACGAGGAAUGUUCAAACUAGCAUUAUUGUAACUAUUUUAUGAUAUAGGUACAUAAUAAUUAAUUAGGUAUUAUUGUAAGAAUGUCCUUUAAAUAAAAAUUUACAGACUGACAA